AUGGAGAAGUAUUUGGCAUCGAAAAAGCCUUGUAGAGAACGGAUAAAGCUUCCUCUUAGGUUUCGUUGGAAGACGAGUUUGGUUGAAUUGAAUGGGAAAUUUGAGGCGAACUAUCGUCAUGAGAUGAUGAACUUGCUUAUGCGUUCGUAUUCUGAGGUUGGAUCUUUUCAGCAUGUGUAUAGUAGGGAAAAUGGGACAAUUUGCUCCUCUAAUAUUAAUCAAAUGCUCACCGAGGCACAUACUGAGGGUAAUCUUUUAUAUAGAAGAAGGAACGGUGUAACUUCUGUAGACUUUGACAACAAGGGGAUAUACUUGGCGUCUGUCACGAAAUCAGGUUGCUUAACAGUUCAUGACUUUGAAGCUCUUUAUUGCCGGACAAACAAAUUAACUUGCUUGCAAGAAGACCAGAGCAAACUUUUACUGCACCUCUCACCUGAUCACCAACUUGAUGUUGUCAAAUGGAAUCCUCUUGACCAGAAUGAGGUUCUUUGUGCCUCUAUGAAUAGUAAUGUACUACUCGUAUUUGAUGUUGCAUAUAUGAUGUCAGAACCAAUUGAUGAGUUACGUACAAGAAAUCCCGCCACAGUUAGUGGAUCCAACAUACCCAAAGGUCUCUCUGAUGUUGCUUUUGCAUCAAAUGAUUCGAGGAUAUUUGGUUCUGAUACGCAUGGUACAGUUAAUGUUUGGGAUAGAAGAGCGAAGGGUCUACCCUGCCUCGAACUCACAUCUCCUUCAUUUGGUACCCUUAACAGCAUCCAAUUAGAUGCAGAAAAUCAGAUUGUUUUUGGUGCUGGGAGGCAUGGGAUUGUGCAUGUGUGGGAUUUACGAGGUGGAAGAGCAUCUACUUCAUUCCUAAAUCACAAAGAGAUAUGUCAUCCACCAGUAACUUCAGUGAAGUUGGCAACAUUAUUAGAGAAGAUUGGAUCCUUGAAGGCACAAGCAGAAAUUGUUCCCAAGGAGAUUCACUCUAUUGGUCUUAAUCCGUCGUUCCCAAGUCAGUUAGCAUUCCAUAUAGCAGACGGCUGGUCGGGUAUUUUGGAUAUUAAUAAUUUCAAAGUUACACAUAUUCAUUGCCCACCUCCAGCUUGGUUAAAUGAUUCGUAUGCUUCCCUUGAUCAAAUGGAUUUAAGAAAACCUUCAUGGUUAUCGACAUGUUCGAUCUAUUUGGCAGGGUCACCAUUAAAUCGCGGCCUUCAUAUGUUAGAUUUCUAUCCGAGUAUCAGCUCACCUUGUCACGUGGAUUACAAGGAGGAUGUACCAGAAUUUUCAAAACAAAAGAAUCACAAUAGGUUCAUUCCUUUAACUGGUGAAGUUUUGUCAUGUGCUGCUCAUCCUUUGUACAAUGCCAUCGUAGCAGGAACAAAGGAAACAUCUUUGCUUGUGAUAUCCCAAAAACGUAAGUCAUGCAAAGGAGAAGAUUAG